CACGCGCGCCUAUCUAUGGUUUUGAUCCCCAUAGUGUGGUAUAGUGCUGUAUCAUUGUCCUGGUGAGUCUCUUGCCCUUCCCCCAUACAAUUGAUCUGCUUGGUGUAUGCGGUGUCCGGAGCACCGGUGGUUUUCCUCUGCCGUACCUACCCUCCGUCCCAUUUCUCACGAUCCUCCAUUUCUGCACUUUCCCUUACGUUCUCACCCUCUCCUCCUCUUCUUGAUCUCCUGCACUCUACCCUCAUUAUUAAACACUCGCUCUGCCUUAACCCCGCCCCCACUUGCACCCUCCACCUCCACCCACCGUGCACACGGUUCUUGCAUCGUGUUAAAAGAAUUCAUGGCCCUUCACCAAACUCGCAUGCUUCUGCUCACUCGCACAGUUCCACUCGUGGCUCUUGCAAGACCGCCGGGUGUCCUUAGAUUAGCCUCUACCAUUUCAACGCCGAGCUCCAAUGUUAUUAGACCUCCACCGCAGGAAGCUCCGGAGCUCCCCAGGAGUUACCUUAUGGCUCCGACUCCCGUCACGACAAGUGAUUACCCGUUGGCUCGUCUAUCAACCGGUAGUUUGUUUCGUGCAAUGCUUCUUCACACCAUCACAGCUUCACCCAUUCUGCACAAGCUUGGGACUGGGCUGAUUACAAUGAAUCUCAACAACUUGAAGAAUGGCGGUUUUUUGAAAUGGGGAGUGGACAAGACUUUCUACGUACGCCUGAAAACCCACACAACAUGGAACUUUGUUGCUGAUGUAGCCAAAAAAAAUACAUAUAGCCCCAGUUCUGUGCUGGGUCCACCUCUGCCGAGAUAGCUGCUACCAUCUCUGAACUUCGAUCUCUUGGUCUUGCGGGUGUCAUUCUUGCGUAUGCGCGUGAAGCCGAAAUCACCGAUACCGCCGUGUCACCCGAGAACCAAUCGCAACAGAUCAAGCAGUGGUUGGAUGGCUCGUUGAAGGUGAGUUGGAUCGCAUGGUUUGGGAUUGCCGAGCAUGCUCUGAGACAGCAGUAUCGUAUUCGUAGACAAUUGCAUGCGUCGAGCCGGGUGAUUAUGUUGCCAUUAAGUACUCUGGCGCAGGUCUCUCCUCGCUUCCGCUACUCAACCAGCACAGGCCUUGCUUUGAAUAUCCCGAGCUCGGUGAUGCGCUUCUGAAGAUGUGCGAUGCCGCAAAGGCCAAGGGUGUGCAAAUCCUUAUCGAUGCGGAGCAAGCUAGCGUCCAGGACGGCGUGCAUGAUUGGUCUUUGGUAUGUUUUUCCUUUGCCGAUUCUGCAGGUUCGGUUUGUCGCGGAAUUAGGCGGGAGAUUACCGGAUCCGGAACAAGAUGUUCUCUUGUCAGGGGAUCUCGUCUCCACAUUCCAGUUCCUGGCAGCGAUACAAGGCAGCAAAAGCUAAUCUUGUUAAAAAAAUAAAAACGAUAGAAUCUGAUGCGUCGUUACAAUAUCGAUGGCAAGGCUGUGAUUUACAACACUUAUCAGAUGUCAGAUUAUUACUCUUGAUAUUGUUUAUUUCCUGGUAUGUGUUAUCGCUACUGACUCGGGUGUCCCUAUAGGUAUCUUAAGGCUUCCCCAGAAAUUCUCUGCAGGCAUAUCAGGAUAGCUCACGAGGACAACUUUACACUUGGAGUAAAACUCGUCCGCGGAGCCUACUUGCACACCGAUCCUCGCCACCUGAUCCAUGAUACCAAGGAAGACACGGACCGUGCGUAUGACGACACAAUUAGAUUGCUCUUGACUGGCUCUCCGACUCGGGAGCCGGGGCGAGCCUCUUUCUAUGACCCGCCCGUGGCCCGUUAUCUUCCCGGGGGAAUAGGUAGGACCGACCUCGUCGUUGCCUCGCAUAAUAGGGAAUCCGUCGAGUUGGCACUGGCCCUUAGACGACAGCUCGGGUCAAAUAGUCGUGUCGGUGAACUUACCUACGCUCAACUCAUGGGGAUGGCGGACGAACUCUCCCUGGGCCUUCUCUCUAGGAGACCGGAUGAUGAAGAGAUUAAGGUUUACAAGUACGCCGUUUGGGGAACCACCCAAGAGUGCGUCAAGUACCUUGUUAGAAGAGCAGAGGAGAAUAAGAGUGCUUUGGGCAGGACCUCUGAAAAUAGGGCCGCUUGCAUGAAGGAGAUAUGGAGGAGGAUGAGGUUUGUGAAGGCUUAAAGUUGGGCUUCAGUUCUUUUCUGACCUCUUGGUUUCUCUCUUGGCCCCGCAUACAAUUUUUUAUGGGUAACGGGCUGCCAUCCCCUCCUCCAUUGUGGCUCUUUUCUUGGAUUUUUCUUCUCGGGCGAUCUGAUCUGGUGUAUCCUAUCACUAGUGCGGGGUUUCCUUGUUUCCCAUUUCCAUUUCCAUCUUUACACAUUUGUAGCGAGCAUAGUAUCAUGCAUAGUUGGCGUCUAGAUUGUAUCGCGGCCUUUUCUUCCUUUUCUUUUCUUCUUUUUCAUUUGCGAUAAUAUGGUUUGUAUUUAGAGUGAGUUUGGAGGUAUAACACACUAUACUUGAUGUUUAGGAAAUGGAUAAUGGUGAUGGUGAUGAGACCCUGUGUAUUUAUAAUUUAUCCAGAAUAUCUUGCCUGU